ACAUAUAUAUUAUAAUAUAUACCAAUUUAGAAUUAAAAAAAAUGAUUAUAUAAAAAUAAAUGAAAACAAAAAUCCGCACAACCAAGGAUUAAAAUACAACAUCUAAACAUUCACAUCACUUUCAGUUAUUCAAAAAAGGAGCCGGAGAAACUAGACAACAAAAAGAAACUUGACAAAACAUUAUAGCAAAAAGGAAAAAGACAGGAAGGCUAGAUGCCGAUUAUGUUUGACCAGAAAAUGGUAAAGAAACGUUAUGUAGCAACAUUAAAUAAGACCCUGACAAUACAAUAAAUUAAAAGAGAGAAGAGAGUUCGUUGGUCCAAGUCUGACAUUCUUCUACUUCCGACCUAGAAAACAUGUAUAAAUACCUCAUUUGGUUGAUCCCUAUGUUUCACCUGCAAACAUUUUGAGUACAACAUUGCAUUAAAACGCAUAUAAAUAGUCUUCAAGAUAAUACAACACACAUAUUAUCAAUUAUUCAUACAUAUUCGAGAUGGAUCAGUUUCUUGACGCGUUUCCAUUUUGGUACAUGUUCUUCAAUGUUUUCGUUGUAGUUCUUAGCCUUGUGUUCUUGAAGCUCUUUCUGCAUUGCUGGAUAUUGGCCGUUCGAGCUCAGAAGAAGCUCGGAGAAAACGGAUUUUCCGGUCCACCUCCUAGCUUUCCAUUAGGCAACCUUAAUGACAUGAAUAAGCUAAAACCGGCUUUGGUAAUGGUGGAGAACAACAAAUCAUCCACCAAAAUCAAGCAUGACAUACAUUCCAUUGCCCUUCCACAUUUCGCUCUUUGGCAACAACAAUACGGGAAAGUGUUUGUGUACUGGCUAGGCAUAGAGCCAUUCGUGUACGUGGCGGAUCCUGAAUUCUUGAGUGUUAUGUCGAAAGGUGUAUUGGGGAAGAGUUGGGGGAAGCCAAAUGUUUUCAAGAAAGACAGAGAGCCAAUGUUUGGUACCGGUUUGGUUAUGGUCGAAGGAGAUGACUGGACACGACAUCGCCACAUUAUCACUCCUGCAUUUUCCCAUGUCAAUCUGAAGGCUAUGAAAACUAUGAUGGUGGAAUCAACCACCAACAUGUUGGACCGAUGGGCCAUACAGAUAAACUCAGGCAACCCCGAAUUCGACAUGGAGAACGAGAUCAUAGGAACAGCCGGUGAGAUAAUUGCUAAGACAAGCUUCGGAGUCAAAGGAGAAAACGGAACUCAAGUCCUCAAAAACCUAAGGGCCAUGCAAUUUGCCCUUUUCAACUCGAAUCGCUACGUAGGGGUACCCUUUAGCAACAUUUUGGCCUUCAAGCAAACCCUUAAAGCGAGGGUGUUAGGUAAAGAGAUCGAUGAUCUUCUUUUGUCGAUCAUAAACGAACGAAAGAGAUCUUUGGUCGAAGGAGAGGACCACCACGAUCUUCUCGGAAUGUUGCUUAAGGCCGAUAAAGGAAAGUUUACAGCGACGGAGCUUGUAGACGAAUGCAAAACGUUCUUCUUCGCUGGCCACGAGACGACUGCUUUAGCGCUUACGUGGACGCUCAUGCUUCUUGCGAUCCAUCCCGAAUGGCAGGAAACGAUCAGAGACGAGAUCAGACAAGUCAUCGGAGAUUCUGAGAUUGAGUAUAACAAACUUGCCGGACUAAAGAAGAUGAGUUGGGUAAUGAACGAGGUUCUCCGGCUAUAUCCACCGGCGCCAAACGCACAACGGCAAGCCCGAAAAAACAUUGAAGUGAACGGCCGCCUAAUUCCAAACGGUACAAACAUUUGGAUCGAUGUGGUGGCGAUGCACCACGACCCCAAGUUGUGGGGAGACGACGUCAACGAGUUUAAACCGGAGAGAUUUGACGGUGAUUUGCACGGUGGUUGUAAGAAUAAGAUGGGGUUUAUGCCGUUUGGCUUUGGAGGGAGAAUGUGUAUUGGUCGGAACUUAACCACCAUGGAGUACAAGAUCGUCUUGUCGUUGGUUUUGUCCCGGUUUGAAAUAUCGGUUUCACCCGGUUAUCACCAUUCACCAAAGUAUAUGCUCUCUCUCAGACCGGGUUAUGGUUUGCCUCUAAUCGUACGACCACUUUAAAAACCGUUAACACACAAAUUUUAUAGACUUUGUUUUAUCAUAUACACAUGUGUGUAUUGUUAUUAAUGUUUCGAGUAUCGAAAUUUUCUUUUCUGCUGAAUUUAUGUUUCGGUCGUUAUUUACAUGUAAUUUCUCUAAAUGAAAUAAACUCUGAGUAUUAGAGCA